AUGUUUCAACAACGUCCGGCACCUACAGAACUCCCGCCAGUAGAUGAUGUCAUUGCGAUUUGUCGGGAUAUCAGUUCUAAUAUUAUUUCCACAGAAAGAAAUGUUCCUAUCGCCAAAUUGAUUAUUCAAAAACUUUUCCGAAAUCCACAUAUCGAUUUGUGUGCCAUCCUCCCUCCUCCACAACACUAUCAGGAAUCGCCAUACAAUCACAUUAACUCGCUUAUAAACGGAAAUUCGAUAUUCUUCGAAACCGUUCUGGAGGAUGAUCAGUUGUGCUCUGAUUUAUGGGAUAGCAUUCUACAUCAAUGCGAGGUUUCAGGGGCGCCAACAGACCCUGCGAAAGACUCGAUAUUAUUCCAAUUAGUCGCUCAAUAUGUUACUCGAAUGCUUCCUUGCGACGAAUCAGCUUCCACGUCUAUGUCAGUUCCACGUUCACCGAAAACUAUACAUCAAACCAUUCGCACGCCGCUUCAACUGUUCCGCGCCGAUUCUCCGCUUGUAAAUCGAAUUAGUAUUGAGGAUCGGAGUCAAAUUAUGUCGGUGACAAACGUCAGUUUCCAGCCGCGACUAGUUCAAAAUUUCUGCAGUUUUAUUGCCAAAACGUGCGAAACGGCUCAAUUCACCAAUGCAAAUCGAUUGCUGCUUAUUCGGUUCCUCUUGAAACAAUUCCACGUAUUCUGUCAGCACAGCACGGGAGACACUGAAGUUGACAGCUGGAAAUUAGAUCUGAUGGCUGCUGCUCCAUUCAAAUGGCCACUUUUAGACUUUUUCAAGAGUUCCAUAAGUCAAGUGCCCACAAGUACUGUUUUCAGGGAUAUUAUGAUGUGCUGGCUGACCUACGCGAGGCCAUGGCGAUAUCACAACAUGUCCAGCCCGUCAGAUUUCGCUCCGGCCGCAAAAUACAAACAGUUCUUCGAAAAGAACAUUGAAUUCUAUGAACUUGUGUUAGGAAAGAUAAUCAAAAAGUUCGCUGCAUUCGAAAUGUGCGAAGAACUGCUCACGUCGUUACGAGCAAUUGUAGAAUUCGCAUGGAGAGAACCACAGACUCUGUUGCUUCUUCAUGUUCAACUGGACAUUCAACCACACGUAUUCGAGUUGCUGAAACAGAUGCAAGUGGUUGUCCGAACUCAUAUGAGAAUCAUUCAGAGUGAAAAUGCGAAGAACUCCGGGUUCUGGGGUUCACUUUUCCCUAGCGCCGAGAUACCAAGAAUUGCUUCGAGUGAACGGAUUUGCAACGAUCUGUUGACACUUUUAAAAGACAGUGAUUCCUAUGUUGGAACGCAUUUGAUGUCGGAAAUGGAAGUGACUCAAGUUGGGGGAGAUGCCAAUCAAACUGUGGAUUACGCCAGGGAUCGACAUUGUCUAUCUCUUCUCAACGAAACACCGAAAUCUGGUCUUGGUUUACCCGACCAUUUCAUCGAUUCCCCUACGAAUCACAUGGUUCUCACCCCAAUCGGACAACGACAAGUUUUGAAUCGCGAGAAACGAUUCGACUUCUCGAGAUGUGCCAAAGACGACCCUAAAGCUCCUCCACGAAGUUACGAGUUGGCACCAGCUGUUCGAUUAACUAAUGCGUUGGCACAAAAGCUGAACGAAUUUUCGUUCGUUCGGAGUAUUGGAGAGCAUUAUUCAGAGAAGACUGUUAUUGGUGCAAUCGUCCGUAAAGUGAUGUAUCCACCGGUCCCAAAUCUCGAUCCAAAUGCAACAGUCCCUGCGUACUCUGCACGAGUCGUACGAUCUCCUCCAUUACUUCGGCUUCGAUUUUUCGCCAGCUACAUGUCAAUAAUCGGGAUCGGCUGGGUCAUUCUCGCUUACAACUACGGAAACAUCUUCACCAUCGUCUCGGUCAUUGUGUUCGCUCUCAUCCUCUCGGUACUAUACCUCGCUCAAAUUGAUUCCGGGUCUUAUUGA